UCGAACAACACGGCUCGAGGAGUGUGGGAGUGACUGCCUCCCUGCCUGCGCGUGCCUCGACUCGACGACGACGGCGACUACUACUAGUACUGAUUGUGGGUGCUGCUACUCACAGGAGAGUGCACGACAGAGAUCACCGGAGCCAUUGCAGCCAAAGGAGCUUGUUGUCACGCUCUGUGACAUUGGCAAGCUUGGCUUGGCUCACUAGCAAUUUGUUUCGAUCCAUCGAUCGAACGAAGCAAGAACAAGAACACGAACACGAAGCAGCAGAAGCAGACGCAGACGCAGACGCCAGGAAGAAUCCGAAUUAGUUUUCAGUACAGUAUUAGAUUCUGAAGAGAGGAUCUGGAUUUAUUGUGUAUGAGGAGCCUCUCCUUCACUCACCAUUGCUCUCGAGAUCUCCUGACGACGGGAGAGCGCCAAGCCUUCCACGAGGAGAAAAGGACGCAGCAGCUGGAAGAGGCGGAGAAGGAGGGGCGAAAACUAGAACACAUUCUUGAAAUUUCCAAACAGAAUUGAUUGCGAUUUGGAGGGGAGUGCUAGCUUUGCCGAGUCAAACGGCGUGGUGUAGUGUAAUAUUGCCAACUUGAUGUGUAUGGUAUUGGGAAGCCCGAGUAGAGAUCUCAGCUUAUGUGAAGGAGGUGAGUCCACUCCAGCCUGCGCUCGUUCCAAUUCAAUUCAUCUGUCCCCCUCGAGUCGCGCUCGGCCUACGCCACGGACUUGUUGACCCUACGCCGCAUGAAUCCAAAAUUCCAACAUCCCCUGUCCCUUGUUCCCUGUCAGACGAUCAUGCCCGGCUUGCGCCGUUAGAUCCAAGUCUCGGAUGAGCAUCCCAGAGAUCGAAGAGCUGUGACGGGGUCUCCGCCUGCCAGCCCUCAACGCAGAGCGAUCCACUUGUUGCUGCGCAGGGAGGGAGGGAAGGAGGGAGGGAGGAGGGAAAAUUUGUUACAAAGAAGGGAGAGAUCUUGGGAGAAUGAUUGGCGAUCUACUCUUUUGGCUCCUCACUCGCGCCUUCCUUGCGCAGGUCGACACUGCAAGCGCUUGAAGUCGUCGACGUUGAGAAUGAAUUAUGGUGCGCUACAGAAGAUGAGCAAUGGAAUUGCCACAGCUCUUCUGGCGGUCGGAGUCGUAAACAUCAUUUUCUACUUGAAACAUCAGCGACAGAAGCGGUCUAAGUUUGACACAAUCACCCCAAAAAUAACGUACUCGGAUGCAGGAGUUGUAGUCUCGAUCGAACGAUUCGGGGAGUAUGUCGUUCGACAGAUGGGGCUCGAUGCGAAGACCCAAGCAGCCAUGCGCGUGGCGAAGGUCGCGGAAGAUUAUCUGAGAGGAGACAAGAGUAGAGCGGACGACAGUCUCGAGAUUAUCUUUACUUUCCUUUCCUCAAUUUGCCCAGGAACCACCGACGAUGAGAUCGAGUACCUCAAUCGACAACUCGUCAAGGAGCUGGAUGUAUGCAUGCUCAGCUAUUUCAGUUUCCACUGGGAGCACACGGGCAAAAUCAUUGAUCAGGUCAUAAACGUCGAAGGAAAGCAGAAGAGAUCCUUGAAGAAAGCCGUCCUUUCAGCAACGAGGAAGCAGCGAUAUCAAAGGGUGAUGCAGGAUCUUAAGACCAAGAGGAUUUUCUCAACCAUGUUGGAAAUGAUGAAAGCCAUGGGACGUCACAAUCCUUCGAUUCCUCAGGAAGGAGCUGUAGUCGUGCCGGCAGACUCGGCCCAUCGUAGUCCCGUUCUUUUGCUCAUCGGCGGCGGCAUGGGUGCCGGCAAGAGCACGGUCGUCAAAGAGAUCAUGCAAGGGCCGUUUUGGGCCGGCGUGGCUCACAAUGCAGUCGUCGUGGAAGCCGACAAUUUCAAGGAAAACGAUGUCAUUUACCGCGCUCUGAGCUCCAUGAGCGCCGGCCACAUCUCGGAGGCGGCCGAGCUUGUUCACCAGUCUUCGACGAACGCAGCGUCAGCUCUGCUGGUGGCAGCGCUGAACGAAGGCCGAGAUGUGAUUCUCGACGGGACGAUGUCGUGGGAGCCGUUCGUCCUGCAGACCAUCGCCAUGGCCCGGGACGUCCACAACCGGCAGUACUGCAUGGGUCCCGGCUAUCUGGAGAAACCGGACGGCACCGUGACGGAAAUCUACUGGGAGCCUGCUGAGGUCGAGCCCACGGCCGAUGGAUCGAGCGACGGCGCUGCAGCCAAGCCCCCGCAGCUCGCCAAGAAGCCUUACAGAAUAGAGUUCGUCGGCGUUACCUGCGACGCGCACAUGGCCGUCAUGCGGGGCAUGAGGAGGGCUAUUAUUACUAAAAGGGGCGUUCCGGUAAAGGGACAGCUAAGGUCGCACAAACUGUUCGCAGCUUCGCUAGAGAAGUACUGCGACCUUGUGGACCAUGUCAAGAUCUUCUCCACGAGUCAAAUGGGCGGUCCGGGAGAGUUGAUAGCACUCAAAGAUGGGAAACACAACCUGCUGACGGAUGCCAAGGCGUUCCCAGCGGUUUCGAACCUACAAAGACUGAACGAAAGGGCGACGUCGGUGUUGGAGCUGUACGGCACGGAUGCUGAAGACAAGGCCAUCGAAUCCUGGACGAGCAUUGUACAAGCUGCAGACAGAGAAUCUCGUCAACAGCUGCUGGCCGCGCAGCUGAACAAUGCAAACCUGCAUCACGACUUUAGUGAGUGGGAUCUAACGUCACUAGCGAGUAGUUCGAUAAAAAGUAACCUUAGCUCUCAAAGCUCGCUUGCCUCGCAAAGUUCCAUUUCCAGCUUGGAUAGAUUGGAGAGCACCGCUGAGCACGUAAGCGAAAGUAGUAAUGGUAGCGAUGUAGCCAAAGAAGAGAAAUAAUAUCGGAAUCCGCUCUUAUAGUGUACAAUAGAUAGGCAUAAAUUUUGUAAACAUGGAGCUCCCGGCCCAGCCCAUAGCUGCCUCGAUAGAGCUUGACGAGCAACGGAUUGUAAUCUUGUAUCCGAAUAUGAACACCCCAUUUUUUUUUCUCCAGUACGUGGAGACUC